UCACGAGUGAUAUAGAGAUGGACAGGAGAAGAGCGGUAAGAAGGGCGGGCAUUCCUUUCAGACGGAGAGAACUCUGCCUGGAGAUAUAUAUACCAAGUGGAUGGGACCGAUGCAUGUAAUCUAGAUCUACUGCUCUUCGGAUCUCUUCUUUGUUGUAGAAAUUUGGAGAAUUUAUCAAAGGAAGAUUUCCUCUCAGUGUAGUACGAAUAGGCUCUUGGGACAAGACCCGUAAAUUUGUCCGAAUAUUGAGGCUGGAAAGCGUACAGAGCGGAAAAGAGAGGGAGAGAGAAGGUAUUCGACGCAGGUCAUCCUCAUCUCUUUCCUUGGAAAUCGUCGCCGUCGCUUCUCGGUGCUUCUGCAACGACUCCGUCCGUUUCUUCCUUCUUUUCUUCACCUCUUUUUCUUUUCCAGUGUAAUGAAACGAACUUUUCCUUUUUUGUCGUUUUGCACCCCCUCCUCUCGCUAGCUAGCUCUGUUUAUUCUUCUCUAAAGUGGAAGCAGUUGUUGAGCAGAGGAGAGCAGAAGGGCAAGAGGAUUAAUUAAUCGAUGGCGUCGGCGUCGGAGAGCAGGAACGUGACGUCGGAGGAGACGGAGGUGACGUCGGAGCGGCGACCGGAAGAAGGGAAGGAGGAGAGGGAGCUGGGCCUGGAGUUUCCUCUUAUGAGGCAGUCCUCCAUAUACUCCCUGACACUGGACGAGAUCCAGAACACGGUGUGCGAGCCCGGCAAGUCCUUCGGCUCCAUGAACAUGGAUGAGUUCCUCACCAACAUCUGGAACGUAGAGGAGGGCCAGAUCGCCAGCGCCAAUGCGCAGAACCAACAGCACAUCGGCGGAGGGGGGCCGCCGGCUGCGCCGCCGCUGCAGCGGCAGGGGUCGAUCGCCGUCCCGGCGCCGCUGUGCAGGAAGACGGUGGACGAGGUGUGGUCCGACAUCCACCGAGGGCAGAACGCCCGCCGCCAGAACGUCGACCGGCCACCGCCGCCAUCGCAGCAGCAGGAGAGCAACUGCGCUGCCCCUCGCAAGCCGACCUUCGGGGAGAUAACGCUCGAGGACUUUCUCGUCAAGGCCGGGGUCGUGAGGGAGGGCUAUCAGCCCGGCAGCGCCCCGUCGGCCCACGCGCCGGUUCCGCCGGCGACGCAGUACGGGAUGCCGGCGGGGUACCAGAUGGUGGGCACGGAGGGGGCGCCGGUGUUCGGGCACGUGGUGGGGGUGCAGGCGUACGGGGACCACCAGGUCACGGCCGCCAAUGCGAUGUACCCGGUCGUCGGCGAUGGUGGUGGGCCAGGCUAUGCAGUGGGGAAUGGGUUCGGGGGGAGGGUUGGGAACGGGUACGGGGCUGUAGCGGCGGUUGGGGGAUCGCCGGCGAGCCCGGGGUCGUCGGAGGGGGUGGGGGGAGGGCAGGUGGAGAACUCCGGUGCGGCGGAGGGAGGCGGAGGGGGGAAGGGGGGGAGGAAGAGGCCGCUGGACGGGACGGUGGAGAAGGUGGUGGAACGGCGGCAGCGGAGGAUGAUCAAGAAUCGGGAGUCCGCGGCCAGAUCCCGCGCCCGAAAGCAGGCAUAUACGGUAGAGCUUGAGGCGGAGCUGAACCAGUUGAAAGAAGAGAAUGCCCGACUGAAGGAAGCGGAGAAGAAAAUGCUGGCAUUGAAGAAGCAACUGCUGAUGGAGGCCAUGGCCGAACGUGCACGUGUGAAUGCCCAGAAGACAAUCCUGACGAUGAGGCGCUGCAACAGUAGCAAGUGGUAGUGGGAUCACCUACGAUCCUAAUCCGCGCCUGCCAUGCAUGCGGCUUGUGGUAGUCUUUCUUUUUGUUUUAGAUCUGUUAUGAGGAGCAGGCGCUGGGAGCGAACCCCUCUCAUUGCUUAUGCUAUGGAUGUCUCCUUCCCGUGGUUCCUGCUUUUUUGGUUAAUAGGCCGUUUCAUGUUAAAUCCGUCGGCGAUAGCCAUCCUUACAUAGCGAAUUUUGGUUGGUUGCUUUGUUGUACAAACGUCUGCCGGGAAAACAAUGUGAAUAAAGAAGUGCCAAGAUGCUCUUAUUUUUGUGCA